AAUGGAAAAUGAGGGCGUGGCUCUGAGCCUUUCUUUCAUUGGCCCAGGGUCCCAAGGCGCCCUGCCUGGGCGCGCCGCCGCGGAAGUCGCUCGGGCGUCUGAACGCGCUCUCACGUUUAGGUCCGGCCACUCGGCUGCCGCCAUCAUGGUACGGAAGCUUAAGUUCCAUGAGCAGAAGCUGUUGAAGCAGGUGGACUUCCUGAACUGGGAGGUCACCGACCACAACCUGCACGAGCUGCGAGUCCUGCGGCGCUAUCGGCUGCAGCGGCGCGAGGACUACACGCGCUACAACCAGCUGAGCCGUGCGGUGCGCGAGCUGGCGCGGCGCCUGCGCGACCUGCCCGAACGCGACCCGUUCCGCGUGCGCGCCUCGGCCGCGCUGCUGGACAAGCUGUAUGCUCUCGGCCUGGUGCCCACGCGCGGCUCGCUGGAGCUCUGCAACUUCGUCACGGCCUCGUCCUUCUGCCGCCGUCGCCUGCCUACUGUGCUCCUCAAGCUACGCAUGGCGCAGCACCUCCAGGCUGCCGUGGCCUUCGUGGAGCAAGGCCACGUGCGCGUGGGCCCCGACGUGGUGACUGACCCCGCCUUCCUUGUCACGCGCAGCAUGGAGGACUUUGUCACUUGGGUCGACUCUUCCAAGAUCAAGCGUCAUGUGCUGGAGUACAAUGAGGAGCGCGAUGAUUUCGAUCUGGAAGCCUAGCUGGUCUCCCUCUCUCUCUCCACGGCUGCUGUUGACAGAUGGGAACACCGAGGCCUGAUGCUGGAGAUUCUGGGAGGGUGUCAGCCGAUCGUAGGUUUUUACUAACUUGGGUCGUCAACUGCAGGCCAUGCAACAGAGCCAAGGCAGGUGCGUCCCUGUUUCCCAGAAAAUUCUCUUAGAGCUUGGGACUAUGACUGUGCCUUGGGAAACACUGCCCUGGGUAAUUGUUAACUUCUUGUGCUCGAAACGUUGUAAUGUGAAAGCAAGAACUACUCCCCCCCCCACCCCCGUUUCCCUUUAUCAUCUUGUAGCAGGACUGGUUCAAGUUAUUUAACUUGAAUUCUUCUGGCCGUGAUUAAGCUGUGUCCAGAUAGAGAGUUUGGGCUCAAGUUUUCGUUAAAAGGGUGAGACUUCGGUGUUCAGGAUCUCCUCCCUCGUUUAAAGGAAUGCUUUCCUAAAGCCAAUAAAUGGCCCAACUGCUUGUAA